GAAAAUGAAGCUUUGAUUAUCCCAUGUCCUCGAAACCCAAACUCUGAGUUCCCGGUGUACUGGUAUUACUCCAGAACAAAUGAAAGUAUUACCACUCAGAAGAGAUAUCGUGUAUUUGCCUCAGGAAAUCUUCUGAAGUUUCUACCCACGAAAGUCGAAGAUUCUGGAAUUUAUACUUGCAUCAUCAAACGUCCCAAUUCCAGCUUGACUAGAUCUGUGAAUCUCACAAUAUAUAAAAAACAACCAGAUUGCAUUAUUCCUGAUGAGCUGAUGUAUUCAACGGUAUCUGGAGUAAGAGCGUAUUCCCAAAUAUUUUGUCCUACAGUUAAACUUUACAAUUGGACAGCACCACUUGAGUGGUUUAAGAAUUGUAAACCUCUUCAAGAAUCGCGGUACUACAGAUCCGAGGCAAGUUUGAUUAUUAAAAAUCCCAGUGUUAGCGAUUCAGGUGAUUAUACAUGUAAGCUUAUACACAAUGAAAAUGGGAUCAAUUAUACUGUGACAGCAACCAGAACAUUUUUAUACAAAGAAGGUAACAUCUUACCUUUGGUUCCAGUCAUUAUUGCCCCUUUGCCCAAUGACACAAAGGAAGUAGAAAUCGGAAAGGAGGCAAACAUCACUUGCUUUGCUUGCAUGGGGUUAGGUCAUCAGAUCCUGGCUUCAGUCAACUGGCGAGUCAAUGGGCAUGACAUUAAAGGUGUUGGUGAAGCAAGAAUUUAUCAGGAGGAAGUGCAAAAUAAAAGUCCUAGAAAUGGGUCAUUUUGUCUAAGAAGGAUUUUGAGAAUAACCACUGUGAAGGAAAAAGAUUUAUCACUGAAGUUUGAUUGUCUGGCUCUUAAUGAACGCGCUAUCAGGAUACACACUGUAAGACUAAGGAAAAAAAAUCCAAUUGAUCGUCAAAGCACCUACUACAUAAUUGCAGGAUUUAGUGUAUUUUUAAUGCUAACCAGUGUCUUGGCAAUACUGCUCAAAGUAUUUUGGAUUGACUUUAUUCUGCUAUGGAGAGCUACAGUUACACCUUAUAAAACUCGUAAUGAUGGAAAGAUCUAUGAUGCUUAUGUUAUCUAUCCACGGAACCACAAAGGUAGUCCUGAGGGGGCAAGUUCUGUGGAGUACUUUGUUCACCAGCUUCUGCCUGAUGUUCUUGAAAAUAAAUGUGGAUAUAACUUAUGCAUUUAUGGGAGAGACCUGCUACCUGGAGAAGAUGCAGCCACUGAAGUGGAGGCCAACAUACAAAAGAGCAGACGGCACAUUUUUAUCCUGACUCCUCAAAUAAUGAACAACCCGGAGUUCGCCUAUGAGCAGGAGAUCGCCUUGCAUAAUGCACUCAUUCAGAACAACUCAAAAGUGAUUCUUAUUGAAAUGGAGCCACUGAGUGAACAAGGCGGAUUGCAAUUUGGGAAGUUUCAAGAGUCUCUGGAGCACCUUAUGAAGGUGCAAGGUACCAUCAAGUGGAGAGAAGACCAUGUUGCUAACAAAUGGUCCCUGAAUUCCAAAUUCUGGAAGCAUGUGAGGUACCAGAUGCCUGUGCCAACUAAACUUCCAAAAAAUACUUUAAAUCUGGUUUCCUUGAAUGCCCAAAGACAGUUCAUUCUCCUGGCCAUACUCCCUGUGUACAGCCUCACCACCAGAUGGGUGCGUAGGAGAGCCCUGGGCACAGGUGAGCCACUCCCAGGCCUUGCCUGCCACUGCCACCUCCUGGGAGUCUCCGGAAACCCACAGAGCGCUGGGCCCGAUGAGUCCCCACAGCUUGGCAGCGUGAAAAGCCGGAGUUUCCAGCUGCACCCCAUCGCCCCCGCGCUCAAACAGAGCCAGGAAGUCGCAGGCGGGACGCCAGAGUGGAGGAGCCGGCACCUGAGUCGAGCCGAGCGGGAGCGCACCCAGUCCGGGAACGCAACCCCAGAGCCGGAACAUCCCCCACAGGCGAUGGCAUCGCCCCUCCUGCAGCCUCCUCCUGCCGAGUUUCCCUGCUAA